GCUCAUCUCAACGGCCGUCUGGAACUUUCCACCGUUCACAUUGCCUUUCCCCUUCGUCUCUCCUCCCUUCCCAGCCUCGCGCUCUCACCCAACGAACGGCAAAGGAGUUAAGCGCACACACCACACAGCGAGCCUUCGCAGCUUUUGCGAACGCAACCCCCGGUUCGUCGAGCUCGCAUCGAGUCCGCGCCCGCGCCCGCGCCCGGAUCCAGCGGAGAUGAGCCGCGCACACGACGGGCACAGGUCCUUCUUCCCCGUCGGGAACCCCUUCAGGAUGAUCCUUCCAAGAGGAGCCCGCCUGACGCCAAAGCUGACCGAGGUGCUCACGUCGUACGAGGAUGGCCUAGCCUCGAGCUUGAGGAAGCUCAAGCCAGAGGCUGCCUCAAGUGUGCUCACCCUGUCAUGGAUGAGGCUUGCGGUGGAUUGCUUAUCGGAGCUGCACACCAACAUAGCGACCCUGAUCACCGAGCUUGAGCUGCCUGUCUCGGAUUGGGACGAAAAAUGGGUGGACAUUUAUCUGAACAGCAGUGUGAAGCUGCUGGACAUCUGCAUCGCAUUGAGCUCUGAGCUUGCUCGGUUGGAUCAAGGGCAGCUGCUAGUGCAGUAUGUCCUGCAUGUGUUGGACUCUGGAAACCAAGUGCCGUCACAAGAGCAACUGAAGAGAGCUGAGGUGUCGCUUAAGGAAUGGAUGGAGCGCUCAAGCGAGAGGUCUCCGAGGCUUGAUAAUUGCUCGACAGCAUUACAGGAGCUUUCUGGGAACUUUUGCUUGAUGAAGGUUAAGCAUUCUGCUAAGGGGAAGGUUCUCAUGCGGGCAUUGUAUGGAAUUGAGGCCGUUACGGUCUUCAUCUGCAGUGUGCUUGUAGCCGUACUGUUGGGAAGCUCAAAGCCGCUGAUGGAGUUCAAUGUCCCUGAGAAAUUUGGUUGGUCUAAAGCCUUCAAUGAUCUCCAUAAGGCCAUAAGUGGGGAACUUAGCAGGCAACUAUCCGGAGAUCGUGUUGCAGCUGUAAAAGAGCUGGAGGAAGUUGAGGUAUGUGCUAGACAGCUGCAUGCAUUGACUAGUGCUGCUCAGCUUGAAGAGGAUAAUGCCAGUCUGGUUCAUGCUGUUAGUCAUUCAAAGGAAGUGGCCAUGUCAGAUACUACCUCCCAGGAAGGAGGCCAUGAGGAUAAUCUUAAGCUGACUGAGGACAAUAGUCGUGAGCGUGAAGUAAUCAUGCUUCAGAGUAUUACUAAAGAAGAUGGAAUAGAUACAGCCGGCAUUAAGGAGGAUGGCAAGACUAUCAGCCAUACAAAAGAAUUGAUGGUGCUUGAGGGAACCAGUGGUGGACACCAAGAUGAUAACAGAAAUCAGCAAGAUGAUAACAGAAAUCAGUCCGCUGGUGUCGGCAGCGAGAUCACUGGCUUGGAAAGGAGAGAGCAGCUGCUGAACUGCAUCUCCAGCAUGUCGAAAAGCGCCAAAGGGCUCCGGCUGGGGUUGGACUCGCUGUCAAAGCGGGUUGGGGACUUCUUCCAGAUCGUGCUUACAGGCCGCGAUGCAUUGCUCUGCAACCUCAGGAUUUCAGAUGGGAGCAAGGUUGGUGCUGAGGUCAGGUCUUAGUAUGCUACGUCAUGUUUGUGCUGUCUAAUGUGUUUAUAUGCAGCUCGACAGCUCAUCUUUAUGAUAGGUGCUUCUGACUUCUGGCACCUGCUCAGUCUCAACAACACUAAGCUGGGGCCAGAUCUCAGAAGUAUUGUGCAUAAUCAUGUGCUGCUAGUUGCAAUGAAGCUUUUAUUUAUGCCUUGUAGCACGAGGUUUCUGUGGAGCGGGACUGUGGUAUGUAGGUUAUUUACAGUUCUUGCCCUCAUUUUGGUGUGUAGUAACUAGAGUGUUGUGAGUAAAUAGUGUGGUGUUGAGAUGGUGUUGGUGGAAUGCACAAUGGCGAGACUAGAGUAACUGUAUGUAUGCUCAUGUGUGCUGGUAAUGGAGAUGAAAAUGAGUUGCAAAAUGUUAAUCCCUGUCUUAGUUAA